GCUGCUGCUUCCUCUGCUGCUACUGGCACCUCCACUGGAGGCCCAGGCUUCUCCCCCCUGGGCUCCACAGCAGCAUCAGCAGCAGCAGCAGCGGCAGCAGGUGGCGGGUUUGGUAUGCCAGGCAUGGGAUAUGGCAUGCAUGGAGGGUUUGGAUUCGGAGCUCCCUUUGACUUCACCGAGCUUCUUGCAGAGCUGGCUCGGCUGCAAGAGCAGGCUCGGGCAGCCCAGCUCGCCGCCGAACGUGCGGACCAGCAGGCCCGGGAGGCUCGGGAAGAGGCUCGGAUGGCCCUGGAGAAUGCCCGAGCCGAGUCCCAGCGGCGCUUAGAGGCGGAGCUAGAGAAGGAAUUAGCUAAGCGCCAGGCGGAGGAAGAGGCUAAGCACGCUGCGGCGGCAAAAGAGGAGGCGGCGGAGGCGAAAAAGGCAGCGGCGGAAGCAGCAGCAUCAGCUGCGGCUACUCUUGUGAAAGCGCAGGAGGAAUAUGCUUUAGAGAAGGUGAAGAAGCAGCAGGAGUUCCGGCAGUACACUAUAGAGGAGCUGGAGGCUGCUUGUAACGGAUUUAGUGAGGAGAACCUGGUGGGCGAGGGGGGGUACGGGUCGGUGUAUCAGGGCAUGUUGGAGCACUUCCCUGUGGCUGUCAAGGUGCUGAAGAACGCCCAGACGAACCAGGCGCUGAAGGAAUUCAAGAAAGAGGUGGAGGUGCAGCGGGGGCUGCGGCACCCCACCAUCGUGCUGCUGAUCGGGUGCUGCCACAACCCGCCGUGCCUCGUGUACGAGUACAUGCCGCAGGGCUCACUCUACGACCGCCUGCUCUGCGAUAAGGGCUCUCCCCCCUGCCUUGGAACGUGCGCUUUGAGAUAUUCGAGAACAUGUGCAAGGCGCUCAUUCACCUGCACAACCGGGUUCCAGCAAUCGUGCAUCUGGACCUCAAGCCAGCCAACGUGCUGCUGGACAACAACUUUGUGGCUAAACUGGGAGACGUGGGACUAGCUCGCUUCCUAGUGGGCAUGGACAACGGCCGCUCCUUCAUGCAGCAGUCCAUGGCCGUGGGCACCUUCGGCUACGUGGACCCGCACUUCCUGCGCACGGGGCAGUUCUCCCGCGAGUCCGACAUCUACUCCCUGGGGAUGGUCAUGCUGGACAUGCUGAUAGGGAUCAAUGAGACGUCUGGGGAGAGGGGAAAGAGGGAUCGAGAGUUGGAGGCCUUGGAGGAGUGUGAGGAGGGCGGGGAUGUGGAUGCGCUUGGGGAGCUGCUGGACCCGUCCGCGGGGUGCUGGCCGCCACGUGUCGCACUGCAGCUGGUGCAGCUGGUGCGGCAGAUGGCGCAUUACAAGAGGAAGGCGCGGCCGGACCUGAGCAAGCAGGUGAUGGCGGUGGUGGAGGAGCUGCGCCCCUACGUGGACGCGGCUGUGGCGCUGGAGAGGGCAGACCGCAUGGACAACUACCGUGACUUCGUGCCCAACGAGUUUCGAUGCCCCAUCACCAUGGGCAUCAUGGAAAACCCGGUUCUCGCAGCGGACGGCCACACGUACGAGCGCGAGGCCAUCGAGCAGUGGCUGCGCGUGCACAACACGUCGCCCAAGACGGGCAGGCGGCUGGAGAGCAAGGCGCUGACGGACAACAUUGCCGUGCGCUCCAUGAUCGCCGAGUGGCUGGAGCACCGGCUGCAGAGGAGAGAGUCCCAAAAUCUCGACAGCCUCGUUAGUGGCGACUAUGUUGAUUCAAGGGACAUGCCACUCGAGGGGGCACGUGACGAGCACAUGCAAGCGGGGCAGGCGGGGUAUUAUGGAGGCAGUGGUGGGCCGUCAGGGGAGUAUCCUGGUGGGGAUAGUGCCAACAACGGGUGCUUUGCUGGUGGUGGGGAGCUUUAUAGGGAGUACAGGAAUGGAGGAGGGGCGUAUGGAGCGGGGGAUUAUAUGGAGCGGUUGAAGGGGGGCUGUAGGGUGGUGGAGGAAGGGAGUGAGUGGGACGAGGAGGAGGAAGAGUGUGGGGGGGACGUUAUGCGUCCUGUGGUGGCUACUGUUACUCGAUGUGAAAGAGCUCUUACCCCGCCUCAUGCUGCUGCUGCUGCUGAUGGGUUGGGGUACAAGGCAUACAGGGAAGCGAGGCGGAGAGAUGAUGGAGGGAGAGGAAGCUUUUAGGAAAUGUGAUGCCAGAUGCGGUGCAGCAUGGAUCAAAGAUUUAGGACUAGUCUUUUAUAGAUAGACUAACUGAUUAAGGUGGCGGCCAUCAUACUCGUUCUUAUCGCAGCAACUCUACAGCCACAACUUUUCGCCGAGGGAGUCCCCGAGGUCGGACUUGUCAGUUCUUUUAUGCACAAGGGGUUAAACACGGUGCUGAGGUUUUUAAAACGAUAAAAUACGGUGAGGUGU